AGCCCUCCAGAGGAGGUCAACCCCAUCCACCUCAAUUUCCUUCACGCUCUGCCACUCAAAUUAGGUCAUAGUCCAAGGUCGCAGGCCUACUUCUCGCCUAUACCCCGGCAAAACGAAUUUUCUCGUCUACUUGCGUGGUAAUCUAUCUCGUCGCGAGCCCGCAAGCCAUCUCAAACAGUUGGGUACGCGCAGCGAUUCUCGUAUUACCAGAGGCGGGCUCUCGUAGACGAGCCGCCGUGAACCCGUUCACCGCGCACUUCACGCACAGAUGGGUUUCGCAAAGCGGAACCCCCAGCAGCAGAACUUGCGGCAAAUGCGGCGCCAAUGCCGGCAGCAGCGCUGGGACUCCGCAGUGCUGGUAGGUCAGUUUCCAGGCACUGGCCGAGAAAGACGGCCCGCUGUUCGUGUUAUCGCGGAUACUAGGGGAGUCAUGCCUCCAGCGCGCUCGUCUCCAGCGAGUAACGCCGUUGAAUCGACGGUGCACCUGUCGGAGAUGCUAAGGGCGAAAGCCGCGAAGCCAGCGCGGCACGCCGCGGACAGAUUGCCGCAACGGCAAGAGCGGAUGCAGCAGCAGGGGGGGCGACGGAAGCAGCCGCAGCAGCAGCAGCAGCGGGAGAAACAGCAGGCAGUGUGGCAGAAACACGAGAACAAGCUGUUGAACAGCGAGAUAGAAAUAAUUCGCAAGAAUGCCACUGGCAGCCAAGAACCUCCUGAAAGCGCCGCGGCAGGGGCACUCCCCCCCCUCCCCCCGCUCCCCCCGUUCCUCCCCGUGGACUGUCUUUCCCGCGCGCUCGCGCUUCUCUCCCAUCGCGCCAUCGCCGCCGACCAUCUCCGCCGCGCCGGCCAGGCGUGCCGCGAAUGGCGCCGCGCUUACCGCCACGCCGUGCAGCACCUGUCGCUCGCCUUCGACCCGCUGCUGCUGCGCUGGCGGCCCGUGCUUCGCGGCGCCGAGAGCGCCGGCGCAUCGGACGGCGAUAGGAGCGCCGGCGGCGGCGGAGGCGGAGGCGGAGAGCACGGCUCCAGUGUGGCGGCGCAAACCCGAAACCCGAAACCUCACGAGCACAGUGUGGAAACCCCGUUGACUGGCAGCAGCUGCUUCGAAUGUGACCGGUGGGACCCGUCUUCCUCCGCGCUGUGGUUGCUUGACGACCCGUCCGUAUGGCAGCAGACAAAUCGUUCUAGUAACUCCGACUUGUGUGACCAUGACCAGUUCACAACGCCAUCUCCUCCUCCGCCUCCUCCCCCUCCGCCUCCUCCCCCUCCACCUCUCAGCGCCCCCAGCAGCCGGCGGCUGGCGCGGCGGGUGCUGCAGCUGGAGGGGGAGGAGGGGCACGCAUGCCACCCGACGAGGGAGGAGCUGAGAUGUGGUUACCACUGUAUGGACGAGCACGGCCAGUGGCUGCAUGGCAAUGGCAAUAGCAGCUGCUGGCGCGCUGACAUGCCGUCCACGCAGCAGGUGCAGGAGCUGCUGCUGCAGUUUCCUGAUCUCGCCUCUGUGUGCCUGCCCCUGGGUGGCGUGGGUUCGGGUGCUGAUGACGUGGCUGUGGGCCCGGGUGACGUCAGGAUGGCGCUGGAGGCGGUGGCAGGGCUGGGAGCUCUGAGAAGCUGCCACGUACAGGCUGACGUGGCGGAUUGGGUGGCGGAGGGGGGAGAGGGGUGGUGGCCGCGUGAUAAGGAGGAGGAAGAGAAGGAGAGAGAGGAGGAGCAAGAGGAGGAGAGAGCACGAGAGCUAGAGAGAUGGCAGUUUGAAGAGGGGGGUAUAGUUGUGAAGGUUCCGGCUAAGGAGCUGGUCAAAAGGAGGGGGAGAGCGAUCAGACGGGCGAGGAAGGAAGCGAGAAGGGCGCAGGAGCAGCAGCAGCGGGGGAAGGAAAUGAGCCGCGCUAUUGAGCAAGGGCUCCUAGACAUAGUAUCUAGGUGCAAGAGGCUCCAGUCACUGCAUUUGCAGGGCGAAGACUUGGCCUCGUUUCUAAACCUCUCCCCCUGGUUCUUUGACCACUGCCGCCACAUCCGCUCUCUCUCCCUCCCUCUCUCACACCUCCCUCACUCCCUCCUCUCCCUCCGCCGCCUCGCCUCUCUCAAUCUCUCCCUUGGCGGUUGUAACGGGGGUAACCGCGCCGACUGCCUGCCAGUGGUCCUCCAGUCAGGGUCGCCCUUCAGUGCACUCACCUCACUACAGGAACUCCGGAUAAGGCUCGGGGCUACCGAGGGUGAGGUUCGCCUGUCUCCGGACCUGUUUCUCGGGCUCGGGCCGCGGCUACAGAAGCUAACUCUGCUGCACACGCCGACAUGUGACAGUAAUGAGAGUGAGGGGCGCGGGGACGGUGCCUAUAAGGAGGUGGUAUCUGUGAUAAUGCCGGUGUCUGCCUGGCGCCUGUUUCAGGUGCAGGAGCUGGAGACAUCCUUUAGAGUGCCGUUUGAUGAUGACGAGGAGGAGUACGAGGAGGGGGCUGGGUUGUGGAGCCGCUACCGGGGUCUGGAAGAGGUUGGGUCGGAGGAAAGCCACGAGCCUGAAGGAUCGGCAGAGGCACCAACCGCAGGAGCAGCAGCGGCAGGAGUAGCACCAGCGGGGGCAGCAGCAGCCGCAGCAGCAGCAGGAGCAGGCGGGGCGAUACGGGGCCUAGGCUCAUUACCCCUCCUCUCCUCCCUCACCCUCCGCUCCUCCCCCGGCCUCCCCCCAUCCAUCCGCCACCUGCGCCUCCUCACCCGCCUCAUCGCGCCCAAGGCCUUCUCCGACGCCUCAGGCGCCCUCCCCCUCCUCCCCAACCUUCAAGUCCUUGAGGUGAUGGCUGAUAAGACUGCAGCCGGUGCUCCUUUCUCAAAAUCCUUGCGCCGGUUACACCUGCGUUACAAUCAGUGCAGUUUGCUGCAUGCCGCUGGGCGGGCAAGAGCCUCUCUGGAAUACCUAGAAGUAACUGCAGUGGGCAGGGGGGGGUGGGAGUCGGGGGUUUAUGGGGACUUGGUUCCAACAACUAGCCCGCACCACACGGACCCGGCAUGGAGGGGCGAGGGAGACCAGUUCUCGUUCCCGAAGCUUAAAGAGAUGGUUUUAACUAAGUGCUGGGGGGGAGCGCUUCAGGUUGACAUGGGUGCGCUCCCGAGCCUGACGCACCUCUCAGUGUUCUGGUCCGUGCGCCUGCAUGGGAUCGACCAAGGGUGGUACUCCAACCUCCAGUUCUUGCACCUGUACCAGCCGCUCCCAGACUAUCACUGGGAGGGGAAUCCCCAUGGGGAAUAUGGCUCGCAGAAUCUGUUCGCCCACCUGCCGAAGCUCCGCACGCUCGUGGUUGACAACUGCUGCCAGAAGGGCGGCAGGGAGAUGCUCUCGUCCCUGUCAGCGCUGACUCAGCUGCACACGCUCCGCCUCUCAGUGAUUCGGCAGAACAUCUGGAAAGUCCGUUUUCACGCCGAGUUCCCAUCCUGGGCGUGGGGCACAGCGCUGGAGGAAUACUUCUGGAACAAGAAAGAUGAAGAGUACUUUGAAGAGCCAAUCAUUGCCUUCCCAGCUUCCCUCCGAGUGCUGCAAAUCAGCAAGUGUGACCUGCCCUUCCUCCCUCCCUCCCUGGCCGCCUGCACUGUGCUGACUGACCUGACUUUGCACCACUGGACCGACCUUCAGGUGCUGCCUUCCUUCCUCUCCUCCUCUGGGGGACUAGAGAGGCUCAGGGUGACUGGGUGCGGGGGAAGGAAGAAGCCGUGUGCGCCAGCGUGCUUACUCCCCUUUUUGAAGGAUAGGAACUGGUUUCAUUCUGCGGAGUGUGGCGGCUGCCAAGAGCUGCAUACGCAUGAGCCACACUGGUACUAUUAGGGCGUGUUCCUAUAAGUUGGAUCCAGCAAAGUUGGAUCCUAAGUCGUGCAUUACUGAACCGAACCGCACUGAAAUGUGCAUUUCAUCACUUGUACAUGCGAUGGAUCCAACUUCACCGGAUCCAGCUUUGUAGAAAUACGCCCUUAGUUUGUUGAAACAG